AUGGAGGAUAAAGUUUACAUAUUACAUAAGGCGAUGUAUAGAUUAAAACAAGCUCCUCGAGCCUGGUACAGUAAGAUUGAUAAUCAUCUCAUUCAUUGUUACUUCAACAGAAGUGAAAAUGAAGCCACUUUAUAUGUGAAGAAGGCUAAAGGAAGCAAUAACGCUCUGGUGAAUCAAUUCAAGUAUGAAAUAGAGACCAAGUUUGAGAUGUCAGAUUUGGGAAGUCUUUUGUCGAGGUUUAUGCAUUCUCCAAGUCAAGUUUAUCUUUGUAUCACUAAACGAACGUUGAGACAUGUUCUCAUGGAAGUUAAAGAAGCAAGAGUUGAUAGCUCAAUCGUCUGCAGAAGUAGAAUACAUAGCUGCUGGUGUGAAACUAAUCGGGCUCUAUGGUUAAGAAAAAUUCUACGUGAUCUAGAGAAAAAUCAAAUUGAAGCUACUACCAUUAAGGUUGACAACAAUUUAGCAAUUUCUAUGGCCAAAAAUCCAGUGCAAUAUGGUCGUAGCAAGCAUAUAAAUGUGAAGUUUCACGCUAUCAGGCAAAUAGAGAAGGAUGGCAGAGUUAUUUUUGUUCAUUGCAACUCAGAUCAGUAG